UACUACGUACAGUAGCAGAAUAGACACGUAGAUGGUUGAUUCAUAGUAAAUGGUAUUAGUUUAAAAGGAAUACCCUGGAGCAGCACUUUAAGUAUUAAAACUACCAUCGGUCCGAUAUCAAGACCGGUAUGGCUGAUUCUGUUACUGUUAGUUUUGACCAGGUCAUAAAACGAUUUGGUCAUUUGUCUUUAGCUUGUUGAUCGUCAUCAUAAUCACAAUAUCUCGUUUUUUGAACAAUGUAACUGUAUAAACAUAAUCAUACAAUUAUUACCAUAUUUCAUUUAGAUAUCAGAAAACAGCUCAGCUUUGUUAUCGCUAACAAAUAUUAGUAGUAGCAGCAUUUUCCUCAAUAUUUCAACCUAAUGCUAGCCAAUGCUUGUCCUCAGUAACUACUCUAAAUGGAUGUGCCUUACUUCAUCUGUAACCACUCUAAAUGGAUGUGCCUUACUUCAUCUGUAACCACUCUCAAGGGAUGUGCCUUACUUCAUCUGUAACCACUCUAAAGGGAUAUGCCGCAGUUCAUCUGUAACCACUCUAAAGGGAUAUGCCCCAGAUCAUCUGUAACCACUCUAAAUGGAUAUGCUUCAGUUCCUUGUCCCAUCGACCUGCUGGGCUGCGUCAGCUGGUACGGUGGCCAGUCCACCACCGGGGCCGAAAGGGGGGCCUAUCGGGGCCUAUGGGGGCCUACCUUCCUCCCACCUGCUUCACUGUUACCUUCACCGCCACGGUUCCACCCAGCUUCAGCACCACGGAUAGUUCCAGUCCCCCGAGCCGUCCUUGUCUGCCCGGCUGAUCUGGUCCAACGUUGGCCGGCCCCUCCGAGGUCAUGACGGAGUGUUCGCCCUUGGGCUCUCGGACGUGGCGGAAGUGGCGGCGCUGAGGAGCUCACACGAUGAUCUCACGAUACAAACCGCUAUCCACAUAGUACCAGUCCACUGGUGAGUCCUGUUUGGAUUAGUCCAAUCUGCUCCCACGUGAGCCUCGUUGAUCCUGAUCCUGGCCUGCCAUUGCCCCCCCCCCCUCCCCCCAGGAGGCCUUCAUACUGGGUGUAUGCUCACUCCGUGGUCCGGGGGCCGUGGAAAUGUCAGACAGUCCAUGAAUGAAUGGGGGGUGGAGUUAUGUAACGCUCCGAAUUGGGCUGGGAUUCGUGGUUCACGAUUGGAUGACGUUUGUUCCACAUUAAGCAGACGCCCCGCCCCCAGCCCCCAGCCCCCAGCCAUCCCUGCUCUCUCUCUCUCCAUCCUUUUGUGUUCCCUUCCACCCUCCCCCUCAUCCCCACCCGCCUACCUUUCCCUGCUCCGUCCCAGCCUGCCUGCACAUCCACACACACACCCCCACCCACCCCCACACACUCACACACACACCCCCACUCCUCUCCAAGGUCGCUGUGGUCUGUAAGAGACGGGAAUAGCAGGUGCACUGCAGCAUGCCCCCGCCACGCUCCAUGAGAGUGUGAACGCAUCCCGGCGGAUCCCAUCGGAAACUGAAGGCUGACUUUAAGAGGAUGCGUGCGGUCGCUUGGAGACAGGAUGUUCCUGGAUGCAGAUGUUCCUCACCAUCGUGACCCCCAAAGCUGCUUAGACUGCAGAGGAGGCCAGGGAGCUGCCGGACUACACUGGACCGGGAUUGUUCCUCCUUCCCUCCGUCCCCGCUUCCUCGCCGGAGACUCAUUUUGCAAGCUGGAUUUGAGGGGGCGCAGCAAGGGGGUCACGCUUGGAAUUGCCAGGAUCUGCUGAAGAGGCUGUCCGUCUUUGCUUCACAGACACCAUGGUUUGACAUCUCUCCGUCUCUCCUCUGUCUCCGACGCUCCUCCUCUCCUCCUCCUCUCCUCCUCCUCUCCUCCUCUUCCUCCUCUCUCACACCGGCUCCCUGCAGAGUCCCGCUUCCACCAUGUCCUUGGCGUUCUGUGGGAGCGAGAACAACUCAGUGGCCUACAACGUGGACGGAGGAGUUCUGAACAAUGGAUGUUUCUUGGACGCGCUCAACGUGGGACCGCACGUUUUCCUGCUCUUCAUCACAUUCCCCAUCCUCUUCAUCGGCUGGGGCAGCCAGAGCUCCAAGGUCCACAUCCACCACAGCACCUGGCUCCACUUCCCUGGGCACAACCUGCGAUGGCUGCUUACCUUCGUGCUGCUCUUCAUCCUCGUCUGUGAGGUCGCAGAGGGCAUCGUCUCUGACGGCUUCAGCCAGUCCCACCACCUCCACCUGUACAUGCCUGCAGGCCUGGCUUUCAUGGCUGCCAUCACCUCCAUUGUGUACUACCACAACAUCGAGACCUCCAACUUCCCCAAACUACUCUUAGCCCUCCUCAUCUACUGGGUUCUGGCCUUCACCAUGAAGACCAUCAAGUUUGCCAAAUAUACGGAGCACGGCAUCGGCCCCAGGCAGCUCCGCUACUGCAUCACGGGCCUCCUGGCGCUGCUCUAUGGACUCCUGCUGGCCGUGGAGGUCAACGUCAUCCUGGGCCGGCGGUACAUGUGUUUCGCCGACCCGACAGAAGUAAAGCCCCCAGAGGACCUCCAGGACCUGGGAGUUCGGUUUCUGCAGCCCUUCGUCAACCUGCUGUCCAAAGCCACCUACUGGUGGAUGAACACCUUCAUCACCUCCGCCCACAGAAGACCCAUUGACCUCAAAGUCAUCGGGAAGCUGCCCAUUGCAAUGAGGGCCCUGACCAACUACGUGACGCUCCGGAAGGCCUUUGAAGACCAGAAGAGAGCUCAGGGUUCGAUGCCGCAGAGCCCCAAGUGGAUCUGGCAAGCCCUGAGGGUGGCGUUCGGCAGACCUCUCAUCCUCAGCAUCACGUUCCGCUUCCUGGCCGACCUGCUGGGUUUCGCCGGCCCGCUCUGCAUCUCCGGCAUCGUCCAUCACAUCAGCAAGGACGACGGAACCAUCCAGCGACCGACCAGGUUGUUGGGGAUCUAUUUCAUUUCCUCCAAGGAGUUUCUGGAGAACGCGUACGUGCUGGCCGUGUUGCUCUUCUUUGCGCUGCUCCUGCAGAGAACCUUCCUCCAGGCCUCCUACUACGUGGCGAUUGAGACGGGCAUCAAGCUGCGCGGGGCCAUGCAGACCAAAAUCUACAACAAGAUCAUGCGUCUGUGCACGUCCAACAUGUCCAUGGGCGAGCUCACCGUGGCGCAGAUUUGCAACUUGGUCGCCGUGGAUACCAACCAGCUCAUGUGGUUCUUCUUCCUCUGUCCAAACCUGUGGGCCAUGCCGGUCCAGAUCGUAGUGGGAGUGAUCCUGCUCUAUUACCUCCUGGGAAUCAGUGCCUUGAUUGGAGCCACCGUCAUUGCUGUGUUGGCGCCUGUCCAGUACUUCGUGGCCACCAAGCUGUCCCAGACACAGAAGAGCACCCUGGAAUACUCCAGCCAGCGCCUCAAAAAGACCAAUGAACUUUUACGAGGCAUCAAACUGCUGAAGCUGUACGCAUGGGAAGGCAUCUUCUGUGACAGCGUGGAGGAGACCAGGGCCAAGGAGCUAACCAGCUUGCAAGCGUUUGCUCUUUACACGUCCAUAUCGAUCUUCAUGAACGCAGCCAUCCCCAUUGCAGCUGUGCUGACGACCUUUGUUGUUCAUGUGCACGUCUCCGAGGACGCCGACUUGUCUCCGGCUGUGGCCUUUGCCUCCCUGUCCCUCUUCCACAUCCUGGUCACGCCCCUCUUCCUGCUGUCCAGCGUGGUACGCUCCACUGUCAAAGCUCUUGUCAGCGUUCAAAAGCUCAGCGAGUUUUUCUCCAGCGAAGAGAUCGGAGAUGAGCUGGAGACCAGACCGACGCUGACCUCGGCCUCCAACAAUCACAACCAAAAUAGCUACCAGGCCGUGCCCCUGAAGGUGGUGAACAGGAAGCGCCCCCCAAGGAAAGACUGGAACAACUACCCAUUGUCGGAGGGGGAUCACGAGGGCCAUGGCCCCUCCCUGGUCGUGGACCAAGACGUCUGCAUCCAGAUAUGCAAUGGUUAUUUCUCCUGGACCGAUGGACCAGCAACACUCGCCGAUGUGGACAUCAGGAUUCCUUUCGGGAAGCUGACCAUGAUAGUGGGCCAGGUGGGCUGUGGGAAGUCCUCCCUGUUGCUGGCAGCGCUGGGCGAGAUGCAGAGAACGUCAGGAACGGUCACCUGGAACAACCUUCCGGAUCCCGAGUCGGAAGGGGACCAGAGUCCCACGGACAGAGAUGCAGCCGGGGAUGGUGACAUCGGGAAGAGGUGCGCCGUGGCCUACGCUUCCCAGAAGCCCUGGCUGCUGAACGCCACCGUGGUAGAGAACAUCACCUUUGAGAUGCCCAUGAUGAAAGCCAGAUACAAAGCUGUCAUGGAGGCCUGCUCUCUUCAGCCCGACAUUGACAUCCUUCCGCAGGGGGACCAGACGGAGAUCGGGGAGAGGGGUAUCAUCCUCUCGGGGGGGCAGAAGCAGCGCAUCAGCGUGGCCCGAGCCUUGUAUCAGCAGACCAACGUGGUCUUCCUGGACGACCCAUUCUCCGCCUUGGAUAUUCACUUGAGUGACCACCUGAUGCAAGAUGGCAUCCUCAAGCUCCUGAGGGAGGAGAAGAGGACGGUGGUGCUGGUCACACACAAACUGCAGUACUUACCCCACGCUGACUGGAUCAUUGCCAUGAAAGACGGAACCAUCCAGACCCAAGGGACUCUGAAGGACAUCCAGAACUCCGAACCCGAGCUCUUUGAGCAGUGGAAAACGCUGAUGCACAGGCAGGACCAGGAGUUUGAGACCGAGACGGUAGCGUCCAGUAUGACGGAUCUGGAGCGGAAAAACCUGCGUAGGGCUAUGUACUCUAGAGAGGCGGCUAAGACUGAGGAGGACGAGGAAGGUGAGUACACAAAGGAGUCCCUGGAGAGCGACGAUGACGACAACCUGUCGCAGGCGAUGCGCCAACGUGCCACCAUACCCUGGCGCUCCUGCGGCACGUACCUGUCCUCGGCCGGCCCCCUCCUCCUCCUGCCGCUCCUCCUGUCGCAGCUCCUAAAACACUCCUUCAUGGUGGCCAUCGACUACUGGCUGGCGCGUUGGACGUCACACGUCAUCACGGCCAGGUCGGACGGCACGCCACGCAACUGCACGCUUGUUCAGGACUGUGGCUUCCGUCACGGCUGGUAUUUGUCCGUGUUCAGCGUCCUGUGCUGCCUGGGCAUCAUCCUGUGUUUGGCCACCUCCGUCGCUGUGGAGUGGACCGGCCUCAAGGUGGCCAAGGAGCUCCAUCGGAACCUCCUCAAUAAGAUCAUCCUGGCCCCCAUGAGGCUGUUUGAGACCACGCCCCUGGGCAGCAUCGUGAACCGCUUCUCCACGGACACCAACACAAUCGAUCAACACAUUCCCACCACGCUGGAGUGUCUCAGUCGCUCCACCCUGCUGUGCGUGUCCGCCCUGGGGGUCAUCUCCUACGUGACCCCCGUCUUCAUCAUCGCCCUCCUCCCGCUGGUCAUCACCUGUUACUUCAUCCAGAAGUACUUCAGGGUGGCUUCCAGGGAUCUGCAGCAGCUGGAGGACGGUACCCAAUUGCCUCUGCUGUCCCACUUCUCUGAAACGGUGGAAGGUCUCACCACGAUCCGGGCCCUCAGGUUCGAGCCCAGGUUCCGACAGAGGUUACUACAGUUCACAGACGCCAACAACAUCGCUUCGCUCUUCCUCACCGCAGCCAACCGGUGGCUGGAGGUCCGCAUGGAAUACAUCGGAGCCUGUGUGGUGCUGGUAGCGGCCGUGGCCUCCAUCACUAAUUCCCUGUAUAACCAGCUGUCUCCUGGCCUGGUGGGGCUGGGUCUCACCUACGCUCUCAUGGUGUCCAACUACAUGAACUGGAUGGUUCGCAACCUGGCAGACAUGGAAGUGCAGCUGGGCUCGGUCAAGAGGAUUAAUGGCCUCCUCAAGACGGAAGCAGAGAAUUACGAGGGUCUACUCGCCACGUCCCAGGUCCCCGAGGGCUGGCCCCGACACGGAGAGAUCCAGAUCCAGAACCUCAGCGUCCGCUACGACGCCACGCUGAAGCCCGUGCUGAAAAACGUCCACGCGCACGUCCACCCAGGACAGAAGGUGGGGAUCUGUGGCAGGACGGGAAGCGGCAAGUCUUCUUUCUCCUUGGCCUUCUUCCGCAUGGUGGACAUGUUUGAAGGGAGGAUUGUGAUCGACGGCAUCGACAUCGCCAAGUUGCCCCUGCAGACUCUCAGGUCUCGUCUGUCCAUCAUCUUGCAAGACCCCAUCCUCUUCAGCGGCACCAUUCGGUUCAACCUGGACCCUGAAGUGAAGGCCACAGAUGAGAUGCUUUGGGAGGCGUUGGAGAUCGCUCAGCUGAAGCCGGUUGUGAAAUCCCUCCCGGGGGGGCUGGAUGCCAACGUGACGGAAGGAGGAGAGAACUUCAGCCAAGGUCAGCGUCAGCUCUUCUGCCUGGCCAGGGCCUUCGUGAGGAAGAGCAGCAUCCUCAUCAUGGAUGAAGCCACCGCCUCCAUCGACAUGGCAACGGAGAGCAUUCUGCAGAAAGUGGUGAUGACUUCCUUUGCAGACCGGACAGUGGUUACCAUAGCACAUCGCGUCCACACCAUCCUGAAUGCAGACCUGGUGAUCGUGAUGAAGCGGGGUGUCAUCCAGGAGUACGACAAGCCCCAGGCCCUGCUGGGGAAGGAGGACAGCAUCUUUGCCUCCUUUGUGCGGGCAGACAAGUAGCACAAGGAGACGGAGGAGCGUUCAAAGUGCAAUUGACUCACGGGACAUGUUACCACUUUUUUAUCAUAUUGUAUGAUAUCUGUACAGAAAUACCUCAUACGUUUGCUAAUAAAGUAUAUAUGACCAUU